ACGAUGUCGGACGGGGAUACAAGCGAAAGCCCUCAAAAGGAGCAGCUGAUCAAGAUAUAAUGAUGUCAUGAAAGGUCAACCACGCAUGCGUGGGGAGGAACAACCCGAUUCAUUAGAUCAUGAUGUCAACACAACAUGUGAGCGUACCUAUGGAGGAGGGAGAGGAGGAGAAGAAGCCUGUGGAGGACAAACCAGCAGACGUCUCCACUGAAUCUAAAGAGGAGGAGGCGGCCACGGAUACAACAGAGAAUGAGGCAGAACCUAUCACAGAUAAGGAGACCAGUGACACGGCAGAUUCCCCCGCAAAGAAGACCACAAUCAAGAAAAUACCAAAGAAGAAACAGUUACAUGAAUAUGUUGAGGAUGACGAAGAAAGACUUGGAUUACUGGAAAGACCCGUUAUUAUUGAAUCUGGUAAACGAGAGAAGAGAAAAGUAGAGAGGCUUGAAAUGACUGGCGCUAUCACACCUAAUUUACAAAAGAAAAAAGUGGAAGUACCGGAGGGAACAGGCAUGAAAUUGGGCGAUUGUCCUCGAAUUGAACAUCAGUUACAGAAGAGCAGAGGAGAAGAUUUGAAAGUUUUACACAGAAUUUUAUUUGGGAGAGUUUCAACACCAGGUAUGGUGAAGAAAAACAUUCGUCAGUUUUGUGGUUUUCCAUUUUCAAAAGGAGAUAAGGAACACGAUAAGAAGAUAGCCAUAUUGGUGAAAUUAAACAUGCCAGUACUGAAAUUUAUCUGUGAGGUGAUAGAUGUAGAGAGAAGUGGGCAUAAGGAUGAUGUAGUGAACAGAAUCAUGGAUUUCCUUCUCCACCCUAAGAGUUCUGGCAAGGAAGUACCUGUCCCGAAAAAGAGAAAGAGUUCAGGGAAAGCCGAUAAUAAGAAGGGCGUGAAACGGAAGCGAAAGAGUUCUGGUAAAAAAGGGAAGGCAGCAGAGAAAAAGGCAGAAGUGGAGUUGUCCGACUCUGAGCUUGACCUGAGCCCAGAUGAGGAAGAGGAAGGGUCAGAGCCGGAUGAGAAAGGCGAUGCUCCUGCUAAAGACGAUGAAGAAGCAAGCGAGGAGAGUGAGGAAGAGGAAGAGGCUCCCAAGAAGAAGAAACAGAAGACAGAGAAGAGGCCCAAAAAAGAGAAGGUGGUCAAAGAGACAAAGAAAGAGAAACCAGAAAAGAAAGUGAAAGAAAAAGUGGAGAAGAAAGUCAAAGAGAAGCCUGAAAAGAAAGUCAAGGAGAAAGUUGAAAAGAAGGAGAAAAAGGCAGCAUCACCGAAGAAACCUAAGGUUUCGAAAGUAGACGUGGAAGAUGACAGUUCAGAAGACGAUGAACCUUUGUCAAAGAAACAGUCAAGUGAGCCUCCAUCAGAUGAGGACGUGAAGGAGUGUAUCAAGAAAAUUUUGGAAGGAGCAAACCUUGAAGAGGUUACAAUGAAAACUGUUUUAAAGCAGGUGUACGAAACCUAUCCAGAUUUUGACUUGUCAGAUAGAAAAACAUUCAUUAAAAACACCGUCAAACAGUUGAUUUCAUGAAGUGUGGCAGCUGAAGUGUCCCCAUCAGAACCCCCGUUUUUCUCAUGGUCAUGUGCUACAAGCCAGCACCAAGUUCUCCUGUUUGGUGGUUGGAUUGUCUCCCCUUAAUAGCACCAGCAGAAUGGGAUGAAAUCAACGCGCAGUUUUAAAUCUUGUUAAGACAUUUGUAUAGAGUAGAGUUUUAAGCAUAUAGUCAUCGAUUGGGUCAUAAUAUUAUUGCAUCGGCAUCAUUGUUUCAUUUUUGUGGGACACUUGUCAUGUUUUACCAUUUCAUCUUUCAUAUCGCGUCAAGUUUUAUCACCACUUUUCUCUUGAUUUGUUUUUAGGAACAUGUGGUUUGCUUGUGGAAAGCAAAGAAAUGAUAAAAUUUUUGUACAUAGGGCUCCUCUGCCUAGCUCGCAUCACUUUUAUGGUAUUAUUUACCAGAAUAAUAAUACUACCAGAAUUGUAUAUUUAUUGUUUUUAUCACAAACAGCCUUGUCAUUUAUAAAGCAGUAAGAAGCACAGCCACCAUUAUUUUGUAACUUUGUACACGCUCUGAAAUUCUUACAAAUCGGAUGAGAAUGAAAGAUCCUCCUCGUUCAACUUGUUUUCAAAGCAGGUUGUAUUACUUGCUUUGAUAUCAUUUCGCACAAGUCAAUCAGCCCCUCGCAAACAUUGUGAAAUAAAGGUCAGUAGUGCUUUCUGUUGCCAGGCGUCAAGACGAAUUCAUUGACUUUAGCUGCUGUUGUUUCCCUAGGACCUUGGCCAGUUUUGUUCAACUAUAAAGCAAACUUGUCAGCAAUGGAUUUUCAGAUUUGUUCAUGUGGGCUGUACUCUGUAGCUGUUCUAAUUAAUCGCAGGCCAAAGUAAUAGUAUCGGUGGCCGACGGAGACAUUUUACAAUUAUUAAAUCAAAGUUUUAAGCUUUUAAACAAUUACUAUUAACCUAAAACAUUAGGUUUUGCAACAAUCAAGCUAGUCGAAAUCAUGACCUGGUUUAAGAUUAUCAUAUUAAUUCUUCAAACAGGGGAGAUAAUUAGGGGCCAUGCAUAAGAGUAAAUAGUCUAACAUGACCUAUGUAAGGGUCAAAUACAGCUAUCUCCCCCCACAGAUUAUGUAUUUAGUCUGUGGUUAUGGACUUGUUAAUGUAAUUCAGGCAAAUAAUUCAGUAAAUUGUUAAUCAGUCCAAAGUUGUGCACACUUUCUUUUUUUUUCCUGUGCAGUCUUGUGGUGAGAUUGUACGCGUGGAUUAUAGCACCAUAAAGGAAGACACAUUCUGUUUUUUUGUUUUUUUUUAAGUAUGGCCUAGACUACCUUUUAUGACCUGGGUCAUUGAAACUGGUUGAUCAAAUGUCGUCAUUUGUCUAUGAUAUUGCAUAGGUUGACUCCCAUUUUGAAAGCUCGUGAGUUUAAAAGGGUGAAAGUUGCAUGUACAGUUACAACCUGCUUAUGACUUGUUACUUUAGUCACCGUAUGGUGAAUAAAAUCAAA